UAAUUUAUUUGUUAUUCUCUCAUCUUUUUUUAUGAUUAAUAUUAAUAAGUUUUUAUCUCAAAUUUUUAAUCAAGAACACUUAAUCGAAUACAGACCAACAGUAGAUAAAAUUAAUUCAUUAAGAUCUGAAUUAAGUCAACUAAAAGACGAAGAACUAAAAAAAAAAUCACAAUAUCUUCAAGAACAAGUUGAUAAAGGAAUUUCAUUAGAAGUAAUCUUGCCAGAAGCUUUUGCUCUAAUAAGAGAAGUUUCAAAAAGAGUAAUUGGUCUAGAACAUUUUGAUGUUCAAUUAAUGGGAGGUAUAGCCUUACAUAAAGGCAAAAUUGCUGAAAUGAAAACUGGAGAAGGGAAAACUUUAGUAGCAACUUUACCUGCAUAUUUAAAUUCGCUUUUAAGAAAAGGAGUCCAUAUUGUUACUGUCAACGAUUAUUUAGCUAAACGCGAUUCAGAAUGGGUUGGACAAAUUUAUAGAUUUUUAGGAUUGAAAGUUGGCUUAAUACAAAAUUUUAUGACUAAGGAUGAAAGAAAAAAAAACUAUUUGGCAGACAUUACUUAUGUGACUAAUAGUGAAUUAGGAUUUGACUAUUUAAGAGAUAAUUUAGUAAAAUCUGUUGAUGAAAUUGUUCAAAGAGAAUUUUAUUAUGCAAUUAUUGAUGAAGUAGAUUCCAUUUUAAUAGAUGAAGCAAGAACACCCUUAAUUAUUUCUGGACAAUCAAAUAUAAUAGAUGAAAAAUAUAAAAUAUCUUGUGAAAUAGUAAAAGAGUUGCAAAAAGGUCAUCACUAUGAAAUAGAUUAUAAAUAUAGAAAUAUUAUACUAAAAGAUAAGGGCAUUGUAAAAUGUGAAAAACUUUUAAAUAUUAAUGAUUUGUAUGAUAUUAAAGAUCCUUGGGCUCCCUAUAUUUUAAAUGCUUUACGGGCUAAAGAGCUAUUUCAAAAAAAUGUUCAUUAUAUUAUUAAUAAUAAUCAAAUUAUUAUAGUCGAUGAAUUUACAGGUAGAAUUAUGCCUGGACGAAGAUGGGCAGAUGGUUUACAUCAAUCUAUCGAAGCAAAAGAAAAUUUAGAAAUUCAGAAAGAAACUCAAACUUUAGCAUCUAUUACAUAUCAAAAUUUAUUUUUGUUAUAUCCUAAGCUCUCUGGUAUGACUGGUACUGCUAAAACAGAAGAAGCCGAAUUUAACAAAAUUUAUAAUCUUGAAGUAGUAGUUAUUCCAACAAACAAACCAAUGAUACGGAAAGAUUUAUCUGAUGUAAUUUAUAAAACUGAAUAUUAUAAAUGGAAUGCAGUUUUAUCAGAAUGUAAAGAAAAUUACAGUAAAGGAAGGCCAGUUCUAGUUGGUACAACAAGUGUAGAGAAAUCAGAGCUAAUAUCAAAUUUGUUAAAAACUUCUGAGAUUCCACAUCAAGUUUUAAAUGCAAAGCCUGAAAAUGCUGAAAGAGAAGCUGAAAUUAUUGCUCAGGCUGGAAGAAAAUAUUCAAUUACUAUUGCUACUAAUAUGGCUGGUAGAGGGACUGAUAUUAUUUUAGGAGGUAAUAUUGAUUAUUUAGCAAAAUCUAAUUUACAAUUUAUUUACAAAUCACUAAUUCAAAAAAAUAAUAAUGAUAUUAAUUGUAAUUGCAUAUAUGAUGCAUUAAUAAAAACCUUUGAUAUAAAUUUAUCUUACCAAACACAAAAAGUACUAAAAAAUUUUAUCAUAAAUUUAAAACAAUAUUUGAAUAAUAUUAAUAUAAAUGAAAUAGAUUUUGAAGAAAAAUUAAUUCUUGCUUCUAAAAACUUUAAUCAAUCAGAUUAUCUAUGUCUAGAAAUAAAAAAGGCCUAUCAAUCUUUAAUAUCAGAAUACAAAAUUAAGUUUGUAAAAGAACAUGAUGAAAUUAUUCGUUUAGGUGGGUUAUAUAUUAUAGGUACUGAACGUCAUGAAUCUAGAAGAAUUGAUAAUCAAUUACGUGGUCGGGCAGGUAGACAAGGUGAUCCAGGCUCAUCAAGAUUCUUUUUAUCUUUAGAGGAUUCGCUAUUGAAGACUUUUGGUAGUGAUCGUCUUAUUUCAUUAAUGAACACUUUAAAACUAGAGGAUAGUAUUCCGAUUGAAUCAUCUUUUAUUAAUCAAAGUUUAGAAUCAGCACAAAAAAAAGUAGAAUCUUUUUAUUUUAAUUCCCGUAAACAAUUGUUUGAGUAUGAUAAGGUGUUAAAUACUCAAAGACAAAUUAUAUAUUCAGAAAGAAAAAAAAUUUUAUUAUCUGAUGAUAAUUUGUUGAAAAAAAUAGCCUUAGAAUUUAUAUUAAGCUCCAUAGAUGAUUGUCUAGCUUCACAUUUAGCAAAUGAUUAUAAUAAAAAAUUAAAUUAUCAAAAUAAAGAUAAUAUUGUUAUGUUAUUUGAAGAUUUAUUAUCUUUAUCUAAUAAAUUUAGCAAUCAUUUAAUCAGAAAUAUAGAGGUAAAUGGAGUAAGGUAUUUUUUUCAUGAGCAAAGUCUUGUAAAUUAUGAAUUAAAAAGUAGUUUAAUAAAUAAGUUAGAGAUGGGAUUAAUGAGUGAUAUUGAGCGUUAUUUUUUAUUAGAACAAAUAGAUAGCGAAUGGAAAGAACAUUUAAAACAGAUCGCAAACUUACAGGAAACUAUCGGCUGGAGAAGCUAUGGUCAAAAAGAUCCUUUAAUUGAAUAUAAAAAAGAAAGCUUUAAUUUAUUUGUUAAACUUAUUAUUCAGAUUCGUCAUAAUUUUACAGUAUCUAUUUUCAGAUUUAUACCACUUUUAAAAGAUUAUGAAGCAAUAAAACACAUUUAGAAUAGCCAAAGAAGGGAUUUGAACCCAUGACAACUCAAUUACGAA